AGUAUAAAUACAUUGAGUCAGUCAACCACUAAACCUCACUCACAUGAGAGUUAGAGAGACGUACGGACGUAUCUGAAGAGCACCUGAACAUUGAGCUGGCUCUGUUAGAACGGUUAUUGGGUUAUUAGAAACAUUUUGUGCGAGUGCUUGUAUGGAACUGGACUGGAAUGUGUUGUUGGAUAUGAUUCUCAACUGACAUAGACAUGGAUUGGAUCUCAUGGAUUUCUGUUCUGGUCACAUUGAUGCACGUCCCGGCUUACACAACAAGUGAAGAGCUAGACUUUGACAUAUGGGAGGGAAAUGUAACUGCGCUCUGGGAUCCUCCUGAAGGAUCCCCCAUAGAUGCCCUUUAUCAAGUAGCGCAAACACAGUAUUCUGGUAAUAAUUGGGAAAUUGUGCCAGAGUGUAACAUGACUACAGAAACUAAAUGUGAACUUGGGAACUUUUUAUAUAAACCCGAAACGAAAAUAAAGGUUGAAUUGCAAGGAAAUGGCAACUUUUCCUGGUCAGCGAUUAAAAGAAUACGUUUAUAUCGGAGUAAAUUAUUGGCUCCAGAAUUUAACCUGUCUUCCACUACCAAUAUGGUGAAGGUUAAGAUUCACAGAAAGCCAUUUCUCAAAGAACUUUUUGAAAAUGGACCAAGUUACUCUGCCAUUCUGUAUCCCAAAGGACAAGAGAGUCAGGCUAUAACAGUAAGUGAUGAUGACGAAGAUGGUGAGGUGGAGUUCACUUCAUUACCAUUAUGGCAGGAGUAUUGUGUCCAUGUAAAAGUGGAGAUGAUAUCUAAUGAUGUGAGCAACACUUCAUUACCACGGUGCAUAUAUCCAUCAGCAGAUACAUCUAUGGUGAUCUACGUGGCAGUUAUUGGUGUCGUCGGAGUUAUGACCUUCUUCAUGUUUGUAGUCUGUUUCUUCUUAAGGCGUCCCGGUAAAAUGCCGGCUGUUCUGAAAUCCGCUGUGAAUGGAUGGCACCCUAUGCAUGUAGGAUUGAUCCAAGUGGAAACCGUCACUGACAAAGGAUGGGUGGUGAACACAGUGGCGGAAAAGAGUAAAGCAUUUUAUGAGGACGAGGAGCUUUCUGAGGAUGACAAAGAGAGAAGAGAGAGUACGGACAGUGGCGUGAGUGUGGGCCAGCAGAACUCGCUUAAGAACAGAGGCACAGACGGACAAGCGGGAGAUGAGGACAGCGGCUGUGGAAGUCUGACAGGAACCGAGGACAGCGGUCUCAGCGGUGGAAGAAGAAGCCUGGAUGAGCUCCCUUUCCUGGACGGUGGAGUAAAUAGCAGCAAUGGUAAAAGAAAAGAUGACAGUGGCUUGGGAAUGGUAAACAAGGAUGAUUCCGACAAUCUCCAAGGGGCGGACGGUGACCUGUCGGAGGUAGUAGUUGGUGGGGAUGGAUAUCGUAGUCAGAGCCCUUCUGCUGAUGCUGAAAGUAAGGCGACCGUUCCAUAUGAUGUAGACACUAAAAUGGCCAGCCCUAGCAGUGGUUAUCGGUCUGGUCACGUGACGUGCUCGUGUUCUGACUUUGAGACUUGCAUUUGGUGCAAAACCAGGAAGCUCCUAACAGACAGUGGUUCAUUUUCUCAUGAGAAACUCAGUCCUACCGAUAACCACAACGACAGACCAAGCUAUUUGAGAAAAUCAUCUGUGCAAACUGUGAAUGGGCUAGGACUGGGAGAUUUGUCCUUCCAGUCAGAUGAGAACUCAAGUGAGUCGUCACUAUUCAUUACUUGUCCACUACUUCUACAAGAGCCCUGCCAACUUGACACUUUGCCUCUUACAUUAGGAGACGUAGAACUGACAUUCACGUGAGAUAUAAGACUUUUUCAUGAAUGUGUAAGCAAAUAUGGGCCGAACAAAGCGUAUCUGCUUCUCCUCUUGCCGUUUGCUCCAUUUUUUGUUUUGAGUAAUAGCAGAGAGAUGCUAAAUAUGGCUGUUGCUAGUACUAAGCACUCAGAAUAAGAGCUGUCCCUCAGAAAUGUGACUUCCGGCAAGCACGGUGUUAUCAUUUUGUCUAAAUGUUGACCAGAGAGAAGACAAAACGAGUGAUCAAGAGUGAACUAGCAUCAGAAUAUGAUGACGAUGAGCUGUUGCCAGUUCUUGACGUCCAAUGUCACACAUCCACCACUGAUGUAGUUAAUUUAUUGUCACAUACUUGUGUUCAUCUAUUGCAAUUUUGCACAUGAAUUGUACGUAUUUACAUUUUAUGUAACUACUGACAUUUUUUAUAUGCUGAAUUUUCAUUGAAUCAACAUUUCAUAUUGGGACCAAUGUUAGCACGAUAUGGGAUUGAGUUGUGGGCCUUACAUGGGUUUGGUCUUUUGGGUCCAUGUCGGCCCUAUCUGAAUUAGCCAUAUUAAUCUAACCAUGAAAUGUUGGCUUUUGGUUUUGGAUGUGAUGCAAUGAUGGUAAAGGUGAUGUUGUUGAUGAUAAUACUAAUUAUACAUAUCUAGGUUUUUACAUUUUAUGAAAAUAAGUGGUGCUUUCCCAUUCCCAAUUUUUCCAUCCACACCCUCCUUUCAUUGCUGUGUUUGAGCAUGUAGUGAAUUUUUAUACAAUAAAAAAUAUCUUUAAUUUUUGUUC